AUGAGAGACAGCAAACAUAGAUCGAUUGCCGAUGCGUUAGUAAUGUUUUGGAUAAAACUUAAAUCUAAUUUAUCUUAUAGUCAAAUCGGAACACUCUUCAAUUACGACUUAUCUAGUGAAGAUCGACGUAAACGUGUUUCAAAAGCUUGUGAUGGAAUUCAACAUGCACUUUUAACUCAUUUUGUUCCUCGAUUUCUUGGUCUGGGUCACCUAAAUCGUUCAACACUGCUUUCUCAUCACACAUCUUAUUCAAAAAUUUUCUUUGGUGGAGGCGCCUGCCUGAUAUGGGAUGGCACUUAUUUAUAUAUCAACAAGAGUAGCGAUCAUCUGCUACAAAAACAAACUUACUCGGGACAGAAAAAACGUCACUUGGUGAAGAUGAUGUCAAUUACACUUCCUGACGGAUAUGUUCUAGAUACAAUUGGACCAUACGCAGGAACAAAAAAUGAUGCUACGAUCGCUCAUCACAUUACCAAAGUGAAUGAGCAAUUGCAACAGUGGUGUGAGCCCGAGGAUGUGGCAAUCGUGGAUCGAGGUUUCGAUCGCGUUCGGGAAGUUUUUGAAGAUAUGGGACUGGAGAUUGGUCCACAUGUUAAAAUUGUCACAGCUGCACUCAACUGUUUUCGACCACCAAUUUUUCAAUCAAGUGAUCCAAAAAAAGAAGAAAAAUUGGCUCGCAUUAUUAAAGCACGUGCUAAAGCUAACAAUCAACUACAAACAACCGUCGAAAAAAAACCACUGAAUUCUCGAUGUAAAUGGGAACAAAUCGAUGAAACUCAAAUUGAUUUUCCACGAAUGUCAGAAGACCAGUUGCGGGAGCUCUGCUUCGGUGUCUACCAGAUAAAGCAAGCACGAACGUAUGCUGAAGCUCAUCUUAAUAAAAACGAUGGAGAUUAUCAACUGGAAGUUACGAAGAAUAGCGAUACUAUCAUCCGCUGUAAAAUAGAUAGUCGUCAUUCAGGUGCGACACAAUACUAUUGUUGGAUUGAGUACACAAUGGACGAUAUAUAUCCAAGUGACUCAGAUUCAGAUGAUGAUGACGAUCUUUUAGCUGCAAAAUUUUACGAAAAACAACCAAUUAAAGCUUGGUACUAUCAGUGCACUUCAGGAGCACGAACAUGGCCAUCAGUAACACGGCAGUAG